AUGGCUUCAAAGAAUCCAUACCGCAUUGCCUCUAUCCCAGGCGAUGGCAUUGGUACCGAGGUAGUCAGUGCUACUAUCCAGGUCGUCGAGAAGCUCGCAAAGACCCUCGGUACAUUCAGGAUCGACUUUGAGCAUAUCCCAUGGGGAACCGAAUACUACAAGCAAACCGGACGAUAUGUACCUGAAUAUUACCUCGACACUCUACGCAAGUACGAUGCCGUGUUAUUCGGUGCCGUUGGAUCACCCGCAAUCCUAACAGAACCAGACGUACCGGAUCACAUCUCCCUUUGGGGCCUACUUCUUGCCAUCCGCGGCCCACUCCAGCUAUACGCAAACGUCCGACCAGUCCGUACCUUCCCAGGAACCAAAUGUCCCCUCAACACCGCAACAGACGGCAUUAACUGGAUGCUCGUACGGGAAAACUCGGAAGGCGAGUAUGCGGGACAAGGCGGACGGUCUCACGUUGGACAGCAAUGGGAAGCGGCGACGGAAGUAGCUGUAUUCACACGGGUGGGUGUUGAGCGAAUUAUGCGAUUCGCGUUUGAGACUGCUCGAUCGCGGCCGCGCAAGCUCCUGACUGUUGUCACGAAGAGCAACUCCAUGCGCAACGGGAUGGUGUUGUGGGAUGAAGUUGCGGCGGUUGUCGCGAAAGACUUCCCCGAUGUGGAAUGGGAUAAGAUGCUUGUUGAUGCGAUGACUGUUCGGAUGGUGACGAAGCCGGAGUCGAUUGAUACUAUCGUCGGAACAAACUUGCAUAUGGAUAUUUUGUCGGAUCUUGCUGCGGCGUUGGCUGGGUCGAUUGGUGUUGCGCCUUCUAGUAAUUUAGAUCCUACGCGGAAGAAUCCGUCGCUUUUUGAGCCGGUUCAUGGGAGUGCUUUUGAUAUCACUGGGAAGGGGGUUGCGAAUCCGGUUGCUACCUUUUGGUCGGCGGCGGAGAUGCUUGUCUGGAUUGGAGAGAAGGAUGCUGCUGCCCAAUUGAUGAGUUGUGUCGAACGGGUUUGUGCUGCGGGUAUUUUGACUCGUGAUCUUGGAGGGACAUCUGACACUCAAGGGGUUGUGGAUGCGGUUUGUCUGGAGAUUGAGAAGUUGGGUUGA